AUGAACAAGGGAAUCAAGACGCGGAUGAGGACAACAGCCAUAAUCACAACCACAGACGAGGCUGUCCUCCUCGAGCCAGUCAAGGAGCCUAUCACAGGGUGGAACAUACGGCCAGGCACUUUCCGCGUCGCACAACCUUACGACAAAGUACCAGUAGCAACAGAAACAUCAGCCCAGUUGGUCGCACUAGGUCGUCCCCCCAAAAAGCAAAAGCUAUCGACCCCCGAAUCCAACAACGACGAUGAACUCACCCAAUGGCUCCAAUCCGCACUCCAAUUGAUCCUGGAAAACGACAGCACAAAGACAUAUAUCUCUUCGAUGGAACGGGACUAUUUUUAUGGCACAUAUGUCGGCGCACCCGCCAACGAAGAGUUCAUUCUAGACCUCGUCAAAGCCCAGCCAACCUUACAAUUACUUCGUCACGGAUUUCAGUCAACUUCCGCCAACCGGCGGCGGAACCAGGCAGACGACGAUGCGUCUGUUGAAUUCGACGAGAUCCAACUUGAUCCAGACGACCAGCAGCAGCAGUUGGAGAUGACGGACGUGUACGAGACACUCGUAGCCAACAAACACCCCCGACCCGCAUUCAUCCAUUUUCCAACGGAGGGACAACCACGCUAUCUGGUUCCGCCUUUGUCAGCAUUCGUCGCAUCUGACUUUAGCAGCAUACAAGGACUGAAAGCUAUUGCCAAGGUCCGUAAGGUUGUUGUCGAGAAGCUGUUUCCUGCCUGGGGACUCGAACUUGUUGCUCACUGGUACUGGCUCAAGAAUAUUUUCAGGACAGCCGCCCACAAGGCACUUCAGAGGACACGGCAAUACACAACGAGCCAAAGUGGCCACCAAGCCGACUAG